GAGGAAAGCGAUGGUUCUUGUUACAGAUUGUCGGAUAAAGUUCGUAAAAUUGAUAUUGUGACUGGAACUCCUACCAGCUCUCUAACAAUACUAGACAUUCAAAUAGAAGAUUACGGAAUGUACCAGUUUUCCGUGCAUAACGACAUUGGAUCACCAUUAAUCGAAUGGUUGCACCUGAAACCACCUAUAGGCGUACAAACACAUUUCCCGACUGCAUUAAUUGGUGGAGCCGUCGGUGGUGGAAUUGCUGUGGGUUUAGUAAUCAUUGGAUUGAUCUUCUUAGUGAAAAAGAUGAGAAUCUCAGGUUUUACCAAAGAAAGAGAAACAGUGGGCAGACGAAAGAGAGAACAUUCAAGGCAACAACAGGACGACGAUGAAGCAGGAGACAAUGGAUUUGGUACAGACAGCUCCAGCUGUAAAGCAGCCCAGACGUACGAGGAAUUGUCAAUGAAAACAGAUACAUCGGUUUAUGAUGCUCUGAAAAAAGGAGAAAAUGGUCAAGAUAAUUCUCAGGUGUACACGGCGUUGGAUGAGUCAAAUUCAACGUCGCAAAAUUACUACGGGAAUGUCAAGAAAGAGGAUCCCGUUUACAACAAUACUGUGUUGUAGAACCUGGUGCAAAAAGUGCUUGAUUUGGAUAAUUGCAAGUCCGACAUCAUCAUUCACUAUGUCAGUGAGGUCUUUAAUGAUUUUAUUUCUUCACUACAGCCAAUGAACCAACAAAUUAUCGACGAACAAAAAGUGAAAACAAUGAUUUUCUGACUUGUUUAUAUAUAGAGUUGUAUAGAUAUGAGUAUGUUGGCUUAUGUGUUGGGAUAAAUAGUAGUAUAUGAAGUCAAUCUAUGAAGACCAUAUAAUGACAUGAUUAAAUUAAGGAGAAUUUGAAAGAGAUAUUCCUUCCGGAAGGUUAGAGGGCAAGGUUGAAAUUAUACUUUCUUCUUUGUCCAAUCAACUUAAAAAUAACGCUUGUACAAACGGUCCUCAAAAUUUGUGAGAAUGUUGGCUAGUACCUGCAGAUCCCAUAUUGAUUUUUGGAUCAACAUAUAAUUAUAUCAUAGAGCAAGGUCACCGGAUUAACCCUAGUUAUAUUCAUCUUUUAAAACGAGUUAUUCAAUAACAAACAUUAAACACAAAAAGGAAUGUAAAAAACGAAUAGAUUUUCAGCUUCUUAACGCAUACGUAAUGUAGUUUUAUAAUACAGUGUUUUUUACGGGAAUCAGUCAUUAAGUGUAGUCAAUUACACCGGUUUUUGAUAUUAAAUGAAAUGUCAGCAAUAUCUGUUAGAAUUUUAUUUACAGUCACAAUGAAUUAAAUUGCUUCAAUUCGCAAUACUUACAAAAGACUUUGUCCAUCAAGGCAAAGUAACAAAUGCAAAGAUAUAUUUUACUAACUGCACAUUACUAUACCAUACUGUUAUUCCCAAGCGUAAAAUUAUACGUACAAGUUUGUUGUUUGAAAUACAUACAAAUAUUAUCCUUAAUUUAAAUUAUUCAAAAAACUAACCAUUUGACAGUGGUUUGUCAACUGGCUGGACCGUGCGUAUGUGGACUGGCCAUACAAUCGGGAAAACUAUUUGAUGUUAUCAUUCUUGGCAGUGAUAUUAUCCAUCUUACAUUUUGUUAUUGCAUGUAUAUAAACAGCUUUGUGAAUACUUUUUCUCGGGUGUUCAACCUAUUUUAAACUAUAUAUUUAUUAUUCCAGGACACCAAUUCAGUGUUUUGUAUGUUCUCUAUGAUUGUUAUUCGUGUUUGCAAAUAGUUAGUUGAGCUUUUGUUUUUUUCAUGUUAUCAUUUACCUGACUUUAAAUAAAGGGUAUUGUAUCUUGUAUUUUGUAUUGGCAACUUCCCUAGUACUUAGUGUAUAUAGAGUUUAAAACACAGCUUUAAGAUCAUUAAUAUUUAUGAUUUGUAUACUUAUAUAUAAUAAUGGCUUAAAUUAGAAAUGCGGUCUUGAUUAUUUCAAUUUCGGGGUUUUACAAUUAUGUGCUUUAAUUGUGUUUACAUGUAUAGUGGUCUACAAGUACCGUUCUUUUAUCAGUGAAGCUAAUUAAAUAUCAGAGACCUUUUAGUAUGUCUAGGGCCCGGAAAGUAAGGUCACGGUGACUUAAAAUCGAAAAAUGGUUAGCACUGAAUUACUUUAUUUAGGGUUGACAUAAAGUGACUAAACUUGGUAUUUUGAAAGAGGUUAUGGAGACCUUUCUAGGAAUUACGUUUGGAGCCCAUAUAAUUAAGGUCAAGGUCACUGAUACUUAAAUAAUUUAUCUGUUUGGUACUGAAUAACUUUGUUUGUGUUGACAAAAUGAGACCAAAUUUGGUAUGUAUGAAGAGAUUAGGAUCACCUUGUGGCCCAUAGAAUCUCAGAACGGAUACUGAAGUUAUUUUUUAAAUCAUUAAAAACCUGGUUUCGUCGCAUUGCGCAGAUUCUUUUUUUAACUUUUCAUUGCCUUUAACAGGCACAUAUUACAUAAUUAUUGUAUUCAUUUCUAAAGCUUGAACUGUGCUGUCAUUUUCAGAUAUACUCUCCAAAACGGAUUUAUUAAUCAAAAUUUGAGAAUUUUGUAUUAGUUUGAUUUAUCAUUUGUGCAAAAUGCAUGUCCGUAAUUUGUGUAACUCGUAAAUCAAUUGUAUAUACCUGUAUGAACUGUGUAAUUGUAGUUUCCCCUGCUGCAUAAAAUUGUUAUAAUCCUUAUUUACUGUGUGAAAUGUCUAGCAGAUGCUUCCUCCAUAACUGUACCAGGUUAUCUCGUAGUUUUGAUUGCCAGCAUUGAGUCGAUUACUGUUUACCUGUCAAACAUGUCCGCAUUAUGCAUUUUGUAGGUUACGGCGUUGUUAAUUAUGCAUAUAAGUGAAUCAAGUCAUUUCUGACAUUUAAAUGUGAUGUUAUAAUGUUAUUUUAAGUAUUACCUCAGAUAUCCAAUGCUGGGAAGCACUAUUGCACGAUUGUUUUUUGCGGAAUGCUGGUGUAAUGCUGGGCUCACUUAUCUUAUAAGAAUCACUGUUAUACUUCAAAGCAGUAUGUUGCAUUGUAUUGUUAAAUAAUAUAUGUUAAUUUCUCUAAUUCAAGACCAUAUAUACAUAUUUUAGUAAAUAUUAUAUUAGUUUUCUUACAAAAUAUGAGCCGCAUUACCAGCUUUGCUGGUGAAAAUAUACAAUUCUUAUUGGGUGCCAGCAACUCCAGCACCAGCAGCCACUUAUAUAAGACGAUGCUAUUUGCAAUGGAGUCACUCGUCUGUAGUGAGUCGUCAGUAGUUAGUCAUCAGAGUAACGUUAAGUCAAACUAAACCAGCCAUGAAAAAGAGCUAUGCUGGUAAUUUCUAACAUUGUUACUACAAUUAAUACUUAAUUAACUACAUAUAUACCUAUAAAAUUACUACUAGCAUACUUAAAUAACUAUCAUAGAAUACAAACAUAAGUAGUUCUUAUUCGGAAUACAUAAACUGACUACUGGUUCCAUUGCUUACCCAUGUUAUAAGUUAUCCAUGACUUGCAAAAGUGAAUAAAUGAAUAGAA